UGGAGGUAAACAAAGAAGAUCCUUUCUUCCUCUUAGCUCCUCCAAUGAUCUUUCGACUCACCUGAGGAUAUAAAAGCCUUUCUCCUCAUCUUUUGGAAACAAGGAAGCGUGCCCUGAUGGCAUUUGUGCUCUCAGAUAACUUGAAGGCCUUCGUCAACACUUCCUUCCUCCUCCUCUUGUGCUUCUUCUUGACAUCCCAUAUCCGUUCUCCGACCACCUCCUUCCAUGUCACGAGCACUCAGACCGCCAAGCCACCUGGCUGCGCCGGGCUUCACAAGCUAAAAGACCAUCAUUCCAAGUGCCUCUACAUCAAGAGCCAUCACCCCUGCUUGUCUCAGGGCUAUGUCAACUAUCUCCAGCUUUACUACUGCCUUUGCGGCAGUCACCCUCCGUUUGGGUAUGUGCUGCUGGCUCUGUGGCUUCUGAUUCUGUUCUACUUGCUGGGCAACACGGCCUCGCAGUACUUCUGCUCCUCGGUGGAGAACCUGUCGAGGGUGCUUAACCUGUCUCCGGCCAUUGCCGGCGUGACGCUCUUGUCGCUGGGGAACGGCUCGCCUGAUGUGCUUGCCAGCAUUGUCUCGUUCCGCUCGGGCUCCGGCGAGGUGGGGCUCAGCAGUGUCCUGGGUGGCGCCUUCUUCGUGUCAUGCGUCGUCGUCGGCAUCAUCAACCUCUCCGCAGGCUCGUCCCCCCGCGCGGCGGCGGUGCGCAUCGAUCGCUCGAGCUUCAUCCGCGACGUGUGCUUCUUCGUCGUCGUGCUGUCGUCUCUCUUCGCCAUCCUGCUUGUUGGCAGGAUCAACAUCUGGGGUGCAAUGGCCUUCACGUCCCUGUACUUCGUCUAUGUCUCCAUCGUGUCAGUGACGCACUUCUGCGGCGAGAAGUACGAAGACCUCGCCAUGCCCAUCCUGGAGAAGGAGGAGCUCAACGAUCCGGUGACCUCGGCGAAGGAGGCGUGGCCCGAGGGAGAAGAAGAGGAGCCACAGGACUCGGCAAGCUCCCUGAUGCUCAACUCCACGGCGUCGCAAUACCUGAAGUGCUUCCUCUACCUCAUGGACAUGCCUCUCUACCUUCCAAGGAGGCUAACCAUACCAGAUGUAUCAGAGGAGAGGUGGUCGAGGACGUACGCAGUGACUUCAGCCACACUGGCGCCCAUCUUUGUGGCAGCACUGUGGAACUCCAAGAGAGGCUCGAAAGAGAGCUUCACCAUCUAUCUCUAUGGAGGCCUGGUGGGCAUAGUUCUGGGGCUCAUUGCACUGCACACCACCAUGAAGGAGAGCCCUCCAAAGAAGUUCUUGUUCCCUUGGUUGGCAGGGGGGUUCUUGAUGAGUGUUCUCUGGACUUACAUCAUUGCCGAGGAGCUGGUAGGACUGUUGGUGUCCUUGGGUUUCAUCUUCGGAGUGAGUCCUGCAAUCUUGGGGCUGACGGUGCUGGCAUGGGGGAACUCCAUCGGAGACCUGAUAGCCAAUGUGGCAAUGGCCACGAGCGGGGGUCAGGACGGGGCCCAGAUUGCGAUGUCAGGGUGCUACGCGGGGCCCAUCUUCAACACAUUGGCAGGCCUAGGGCUAUCCCUGGUGGUGUCAGCUUGGGCGGUGCACCCAGAUUCGUUUGUGAUCCCAGUGGGCAGUGCGCUGUUCGAGAUCCUGGGGUUCAUGAUUGGGGGCUUGCUGUGGGCUCUGGUGAUGCUGCCGAGGAAGGGGAUGAAGCUGGAUAAGGUGGUGGGAGUUGGCCUCUUGGUCAUCUAUUUCUGUUUUUUGUCUCUCAGGCUCUCCCAAAGCCUUGUGCUGGUGCAAGUAGUUUAAGCAGGCGAUCGGCUUUCCGGGUGUUCUUCUAUGUACUUGACUCGAUGUAGGAGAUGUUAGACUUUUGGUUUUGAUCACCUGAACAGUUUAUACUCUCUCUCUCUCUCUCUCUCUCUCUCUCUCU